CAGGCACAUAUCGAUAACUUACUACGAGCAACGCUAGUUUUUUUCUUUUCAACUUUUAAUUCUUCUCUUAAUUAAGCCAAAUAAGUUAGCCAUAGGUUAUCAAAGAAAAUGACACUGUAUCACUUUGGAAAUUGUGUAGCCCUGCUGACGCCGUACUACUUCACCUACAAAUACUCGGGCCUGUCAGAAUAUGGGGCCUUCUGGAAGUGCGUUCAGGCGGGCGGCAUUUACAUAUUCACACAGCUCGUUAAGAUGCUCGUACUGGCCACAUUCUUCUACUCUGAUGCUCCCUCUUCCAACAACGAGUUCAAUUUUUUCGCGGAGAUCUUCCGCUGCAGCGUGGACAUCGCCGAUCUGCUUGGAUUCGCCCUUAUUUUAAGUCGCAUUCCCGGAAAGGGGCAUUCAAAACUUAUUACUGCUGGACUUGGCUGGGCCACGGCCGAGGUCAUUCUAUCUAGAGGCAUCAUGCUUUGGGUGGGAGCCCGCGGAACGGAGUUCAGCUGGAUUUACAUUCUCAAGUGUUUGGAGUCAAAUGUACUUCUUGUGCAGCACAUAAGCACGGCCACUCUUAUCUGGCUGUUCACCCGCCACGAUUUAAAUAAAGCGCUGAAACCGCUGGUUAGUCUGCUGCUGGCGGUAACUGUUUUCAAGGGCGUCUGGCUGGAGGGCAUGCUCCAUAUCCUCACUAUUGGACCCUGGCUGACGGUGGCAGUGAAAGCGCUGGUGGCUGCCGUAAUUGGAUUCUGCACUCUGCAUAUAUAUUCUGGUCUAGCCCAGCAAAUCGGCAUUUAAAUAAGAGAGCCAAAAACUUUGUAUUCCUUAUGUUCUGUAACUUGUUUAUUUUGGUGUUGUCAUAAAGAGAAUGAGAUUGUGUAACAAAGACAACAAUUACGGUUUAGAGAAUUACUCCAAAUGUUAUUGAAUUAUAGGAGCUAUAACGUAAUAGUAACAAAAAAGGUACAUGAGUUUCAAUGGGAACAAAGAAGUAUAUUUAAUUAAUAUUAAAGUUGAGGUGAUAAUAACAAUGAAAACCAAUAUUUGUAUUUUUUCAAAAACCAAAAUUAUAGUUUUUCCAACUAUUGAAAAUAAGCCUUUUAGCUUCGACAUCUUUGCCAAUUUCUUAAAGACAGCGAAAAAGUGAUGG